AAAUGGAUAGAAUUAGAUUAAGGGUUUUAUGAUGGUAAAUAAUUCGCUUAUAAUGGUGAAUAUAAUAUGAAAGGUAUCAAGGUAGAUAGAUGGGAUAUAUUGUGGAAUUACAAUAAAUAGAAUUAAUAGAUGUAAUUGUUGUUGAAGUUUAGGGUGUUAAUACAUUAGUGGUGGUGGAUAAUAUGAGGGUUAGAAAAAAUUGGGAGAUGGAUACAAUUUAGGAUUAAACAAUAAUAAAGAUGUUAUUGUCUCAGCAGUAGUUCUACUAAACUAAAAAUCAAUAAUUUUAUAAAUAUUUGUAUUUGAUUCAUUACAAAUCUAAUUGAUAGCCUUUAUUGACUGGAGUGUGCUUAAUGUAUCAAAAGAUGGUUAAUUAUUCAAUAGAAAGAGAGCUAAAAUGAUGAAUUGAUAACAAUAUAGAGUAUUAAGUUUGAAAAAAGAAGUCAUAGAUAAUUAAGAGCAUGAUACAGAUUUGGCCA